AUGUUCACUGGCAUCGUUGAGGAAAUCGGGACCAUUUCCCAGGUCAACAACAAUGACCACACUGGCGGAACCUCCCUGACAAUCACCCUCCCCCAGAACUCACAGCUCCUUACCGACUGCCAUGACGGUGACUCAAUCGCCGUCAACGGAGUCUGCCUCACCGUCACAAACUUCACAGAUACCCAGUUCACCAUUGGCGUCGCCCCAGAGACUUUGCGCAUCACCAAUCUAGGAACCUUGGCCGAGUCCAGCCGCGUCAACCUCGAGAGGGCGGUUCGCGCUGACACCCGCAUGGGCGGCCACUUUGUCCAGGGCCACGUUGACACCACUGCUGAGAUCCUGUCCCUGACCCCAGACGGCAACGCAUUGACGGUCAGGUUCCAGCCCAAGGAGAGGAGCCUCCUCCGCUACAUCAUCUACAAGGGAUUCAUCGCCAUUGAUGGAACCAGCUUGACCGUGACCCAAGUCAACGAUGUCGAGGGGUGGUGGGAGGUGAUGCUCAUUUCUUACACCCAGGAGAGAGUCAUCAUUGCACAAAAGAAGGCCGGCGAGACUGUCAACAUUGAGGUUGAUAUGAUGGCCAAGUACGCAGAGAAAUCGCUCGCUGGGUUGCUGGGGGCCGACAACGGCACCGCUUCCAUCCCCCUGCUCGAGAAAAUGGUCGAGCGCAUCGUUGCACAGGGGUUUGGGGCCAAGUCCUAG